AUGUCCGCUAUCCAGAACCUCCACUCUUUCGACCCCUUUGCUGAUGCAAGUAAGGGUGAUGACCUGCUUAACCUGCUUACUGCUGGGACUGAGGAUUAUAUCCAUAUAAGAAUUCAACAGAGAAACAGCAGGAAGACCCUCACUACUAUCCAGGGGAUUGCUGAUGAUUACGAUAAAAAGAAACUAGUGAAGGCAUUUAAGAAGAAAUUUGCCUGCAAUGGUACUGUAAUUGAGCAUCCAGAAUAUGGAGAAGUAAUUCAGCUACAGGGUGACCAGCGCAAGAACAUAUGCCAGUUCCUCAUCGAGAUUGGACUGGCUAAGGACGACCAGCUGAAGGUUCAUGGGUUUUAAGUGCUUGUGGCUCACUGAAGCUUAAGUGAGGAUUUCCUUGCAAUGAGUAGAAAAAUUCCCUUCUGUCCCUUGUCACAAGUUUAAAAACCUCACAGCUUGUAUAAUGUAACCAUUUGGGGUCCGCUGUUUAACUUGGACUAG